GGGCAUGGCGGUAGGGCAUGGCGUUCGCUGUUUGAGCCAGCUUGCGGAGCUGCCAGAGUUGCACCAGAUGAUGAGGCAGACAUGUAGGGAUUACGCUCAAAAAGAACUUGCGCCAAUCGCUGCUCAACUGGACAAAGAUCACAAGUUCCCAGCCAAGCAGGUAAAAGAACUGGGAGCGAUGGGUGUCAUGGCUGUAGAGGUACCAGAGAGUCUGGGUGGAGCUGGGAUGGAUUAUCUGGCGUACUGUCUGGCCGUGGAAGAGCUCAGCAGAGGAUGUGCAUCGACCGGAGUCAUCGUCAGUGUGAAUAAUUCGCUGUACCUGGGUCCAAUUCUGAAGUUUGGCACAGAAGAACAGAAAAAGCAGUGGAUUACUCCCUUCACCACGGGGGAAAGAGUUGGCUGUUUUGCUCUGAGCGAGCCAGGAAACGGCAGCGAUGCAGGUGCGGCGUCAACACUGGCACAGCAGGAGGGAGACGAGUGGGUUCUGAGCGGAACCAAAGCCUGGAUAACCAACUGCUGGGAUGCUUCCGCCACCGUCGUUUUCGCCACAACAGACAAGAGCUUAAAACACAAGGGAAUUAGUGCCUUCCUAGUGCCGAUGCCUCAUCCGGGGUUGUCUUUAGGGAAGAAAGAAGACAAACUGGGAAUUCGAGCUUCAUCGACUGCCAAUAUCAUUCUGGAAGACUGCCACAUCCCACUCGGCAACAUGCUGGGAGAGCGCGGAAUGGGCUUUAAGAUUGCAAUGCAAACUCUGGACAGCGGGCGGCUUGGUAUCGCAGCACAGGCUCUUGGUAUCGCUCAGGCAGCGCUGGACUGUGCGGCUGAUUACGCUCAUAAAAGAACAGCUUUCGGCGCUCCGAUUGGGAAACUGCAGGCGAUACAGUUUAAACUGGCAGACAUGGCCUUGGCCAUAGAGAGCGCUCGACUGCUCACCUGGAGAGCUGCAAUGCUGAGGGACGCAAAGAAACCUUUCACUAAGGAAGCUGCUAUGGCUAAACUGGCUGCAUCUGAGGCUGCUACGUUUGUCUCCCACCAGGCCAUCCAGGUGCUGGGCGGGAUGGGUUACGUCACAGACAUGCCUGCUGAGAGACACUACCGUGACGCCCGCAUCACAGAGAUCUACGAAGGCACCAGCGAGAUCCAGAGAUUAGUCAUCGCUAACAACAUUCUCAAAGAAUAUCAGCAGUAGGAGAGCUGAUGUUCACGUUGACUCGCUCUGUUACGACACUGUGCCUGGAUUGGCUGAUCUGGUCAGUCACAGAUCUCAGGACUGUGUUACUGUGACUGGCCACUGAAGAUGUAUUAAUGUUGCUCUAUCACAGAUAGAGUGACUCAAGACUGUUUGAAGUGCAUUUUCUCAUUUGUGCCACAAGAAUGUAGUAGAGAGUCUGGAUCGUUUGCCUUUGUAUCAGACCGUAAGGACUAAUCUUCACUGGGAAUUUAAAUGCAUAUCUGAUUGUACAUAAUGAAUUGUGUGUAUUUGUUAUGCAUUUUAAAAUAAAUAAUUAUAUCAAAUUUUAAUACUAUGAUUUGUUUAAAGUUGGUUUAUUGUAACACACCUUAUUGUAAUUCUAAGAUUCCUCUGAUGAUAGAAUUUGGUUUGAAUUAUGGCUAAAGGGAAAUUGUUUAUGGGACAAAGUUUGAGGGUUUUAAAACGGCUAGCUUGGACUGGUACAUGUUGCAGUUGUUUCUUUGGCCAACUUGAAUAAUACAAUGCUGAAAUCAUGAACAAUUUUCAGUGGGCUCCAAAAGUCUUGCGAUCACUAGUGAAAAAUCUUCUGUUUUGUCUAAUUUAU